GUCCUGUCAAUCAAUAGUGUUCGAUACGUUGGAAAUUGAAGUUCAAUUCAAUGUUUUUUUAUUAUUAUUGAGUACAUAAUAUUUAAACAACUAAAGUUGAAGGCAACAAUGGCCAUGCAAAAAGAAAAGAAAUGGUUCAAGCCAAUCUUCGACUUCGAAGACGACGUUCCUCCUGCGAAACGGCGAAAAAGCAAAGAUAAAUUCUUGCCUAACUCCAGAACCCCCGUCAAAGAAAAUACAUGCAUAAACUCAUCGGACACUGAAAAUAAAACACCUAUUAACAUUAAUCACAAGAAUUGGAUGAAGAACUUUGAUCCAGUUUCAGUGGAAGACUUAGCUGUUAAUAGUAAAAAGAUACAAGAAAUUGAAGACUGGUUAAAACUUAAUAUUCAACACAACAAUAGUGAAAUAUUACUUCUCACGGGCCCUGUAGGUUGUGGGAAGACUAUAACAGUGCGGACUCUAGCUGCUAAAUACAAAGUAAAAGUUACCGAGUGGAUUACACCCCUGGAUAUUGAUAUACCUACAGAAUAUGGAGAUUACCAGUUUAAAGAAAAACAAUCUACAAAAUUCCUUGACUUCAUAUUGAAUGCAGCUAAUUUUACAUCACUGCUAGAUAACAACAGUAGCAAACUGGUAUUGGUUGAAGAUUUACCAAACACAUUUAUAAGAACUCCGUCUGAAUUUACAGAUGUUCUACAUCAAUAUAAACAAAGAGCGAAAUCACCCCUUGUCUUCAUAUGUUCAGAAAGUCAUACUGAUAGUAAGAAUACUGCUGCAAAUCUAUUUACACCAAGUUUGAAGGAGCAAUUCAAGAUACAUCACAUCACAUUGAAUGCAGUAUCAGUCACAGGGCUAAAAUCCGCCUUAAAGCGAGUCUCAGAAAUAAUUAGUAAAAAUCAUACCACCAUGUACAACAAACCAACGGCAGACCUUGUUGACUGUGUUGUUAAUUCUUCGGCUGGGGACGUAAGAUCGGCAGUGUUGAACCUACAUUUUGCUUGUUUGAAAGGUUCCUACCAAAGUUUAGAGACUGAUACAAUUAUUGAGAAGGAAACGAAAAGUAAGAAGACUGCGAAUAGCAAGAAAAAGCCACCAUCGAGUAAAUUCGUAUCUCUAGGGAAAGAUCAAACUGUUAGCAUUCUGCAUGGCGUAGGAAGAGUACUGAAUCCAAAAGUUGUAGUGAACGAAAAGGGAAGCAAACAGUUGACUCACCGUCCUACAGAGAUAAUAGAUCAAUUUCUUAGUCAGCCAAGUUCCUUCGUGAAUUUCCUUGAAGAGAACUAUUUGAGCCACUACUCCUCGAUUGACCAUGUGGUUGGAGCUGCGCUAAGUCUCAGUGAUGCAGACUUUAUGCUGGGAGAGUGGCGGGAAAAGAUGUGUCAAGAAUAUGGACUAUACACUGCUGUGGCUGGACUGAUGGUGGCUAACAAGGCACCAGUUUCUGCAUGGAAUCCAGUUAGAGGGCCGAAGAACAUGAAAAUUCAGUAUCCAUCGUUACAAGAGUUACCGUUAUUAGAACCAAAUUAUUUAUACAAGGGGAAGAUCUUAGUAGCAGAUUAUCAAACGUACUGUAAAAUAAUAGACAAAAAACAAUGACAUUACUGAUAAAAGUGAUAAACUAAAAACUGCUUUAAAAUACUUUUUAAGUUAUGUAUUGAAAUAAAACUAUUUAAAACUUU